AUGACUGGUGCUAAGAGGGGUCCCACGACGAUCGUAAACGUUACGUUUUACUGCAGCGCUUCGAGCGCAGUCGCUUGCACAACUACAUUGAGCUUCACGUCGUCUCGCCUCGACCGUUACCUAGAUUUUCGGCACUGCCAGGUGUCUGGCGGUGAGGUUGCGGUCUCACGAGGUCGUAGGAUACUGGCGCAUGGAACAUGCCAGAAACGAACACAGCAUGACCUACUCAUAGAAGAAAGAAACGGUAUGCAAAAAAGAAGACGAGGACCAGACGGCGGCAGUUCCACAAUCAUCGCAAAGUUCUUCGAGGAAGGUUUUGACGAGAAGAUUCGAAUCUUCCUUUAUUCUGAUUCGGUGCUAAAUGUGGUUAAAUAUGUUAUUUGGACCAAUGUGGUGGAAAUGGUACAUGACUCUUUUAUUCUCACAUUAUCGUGUCUAAUUCCGAUGUGCAUCGAUGAUGACGCCAUAUUCGCCAACGACAUUUACUAUGGUAAUCAUCGUUGGAGUACAGGAUCGGAGCUCAUUUUAGUUUCUGUGUGCGCGUUGAAAGAAAGCUGUAAAUUAGAGGAGACGUCUGCGUACUUGAUGAGUCUGGAAGCUGUUGUUGGAUUCUACCAUCACAUUGUGCUGUACAUCAUUGUUAUGUGUCAGAACGACUGUAAUACUUCUUCGAGAAUUCGUGUCCCUGGAGCUCAUAUCCAUGCCUGA